AUGGCCAUCUUCCAGUUAUUUUUACUAUUUCAAUUUGCUGAUUUCUUCUGCUUUUGUUCUUCUGACUUGGAUCCAUUGAAAGCGAGAAUCAUGAUACAUCAACCACUGGUACCCGCCGUUGUGACAACCCCCGUUGUUGACUGCGGAGCUCCAGCUUCGUGGACCACCGAUGAUGACCACCUAUCCCUGCCAGAUGCUGAAGAUUUGCGUGACGCGAAGAAGCCGAGACUCGUACCUCAUCUGCCUGAGGAAGAUGAAGAACCUCGCUACCCAAAAAGAGACAAGGGAACCACAACACUUGGUAUUAUUUACAAGGAAGGUGUUAUGGUUGGAUCUGAUCAUUCAAAUGCGAGCAACGAUGGUUCUGAAUUUGUGGACAAUGUUAUUGAUCUUGAUUCUCAUAUGCUUGUCUCUGUGUCUGGUGUUGGUGAGCCUAAAUCGUUUCUCAGAAAUAUGAAAGAGCAGUUCCAAGCUCUGAAGGGGAGAAAAUCUAUUUCAGAAGUAUCAGAGUGGGUGGCCAACCAUCUGUCUUCACAUUGUGAUAAAGAUCCGUCGGCUAAAAUGCUAAUUGCAGCGUGGGACAACGAAAUCAAGCGUCCUGCCUUGGUUGCUGUGAAUUUUGAGGGUGAGAGAUUUAGAAAGCGACUGCUGGCUGGCACUGGAGCUGGUUCAAAUUUUGUUCGUGGACUCUAUGAACGCCGUUUCCAGGAGAUGGGUUGUGCUGAAGCUUCGGAGAAUGCAGAAGAGUUGAUUCGCUUUACUGUGUCUUCACUUGCCCGUUCCGCGCUUAUUGGUGACGAUAACGCCGAAUAUGGUGGUUACGUAACUGGGUAUUACGUUGGAGCUGAAGGGGUAAAAAGGACCUUUCGUGAUGUGCCUGUUGGGGUGCAGUAUUUCUUCGAAGCCAUAGGGGCAAAGUUCUAUAUAUGGUGAGGACUAGGAGGACCUUCCAUGAUGUACCUACCUCUUGAAACGUAUUUAUGUGUUUUAUGUUGCUUUUUGUGAAUGUUGGCUUUAUUGAGAAGUGAAGCAUGGAUUAUGUUUUAGUCAAAUUUUGAGUCUUCUCACUCUUUUAUUCACGUAUAUACAUUUCCCUUAAGAUGGUCUUGAAACGUUUUUAUGUAUUUGAUGUUGCUGUUUGUGAGAGUUAGCUUCAUUAACCAAUGAACCUUGUGCUAUUAUGUUUUGGUGUUUGUGAGUCUUAAAUUCAUUCAUUGAGAAAAUUGACCAAAAUUACCACUUCAAUGCCUUGCGCAAUCUUGCAAACGUCCGUCCAUCUGACUGCCGCUUUCAAGGAGGCGGCGUCUGUUAUGAAGCUUACGCCGGUGUUGCCUUUCAGUUUGUGUUAUGCAGUGGAUAAAAUACCUAGUACUCGCGUAGGUCCGGCCAGUUUGUGUUAGUACAAACAAGAAUAAACAAAGCUUUGCAGUUUGCUCUGC